UAAGAUGAAUCGGAAAAGAAUUUGGCGAAAAAGCGUGCUCCAGGUUUUCGCGGUACCGCAUACAGCUAACCCAGAGAAAAUGCCCCGAAGCGAAGCGAGACUCAACGGCGCCUGCGUGGCCAUGUGACGUCAUUGGCGAACCGGGCAGCUCGUCCGCUAGACAUUCAGUCUCGCCUCAACUUCGAAGGAGGUUGUAUCAGUAGCGCAUGUUGCUUGACCGAGUAGUAUCGCGGAAGUAGUCGUAUACUUAGGAACUCUACUAUUAUCGCGCUAUCGUUUCAAAUUCAUAUACAACGAAACGGAAUCGAAGAAGAGUGAAAACCAAGUGCGCGACAACCGUAAAACCGUUGGGUCGUCGAGAUCGAUUGAAAGUUUGGUACAUCGAAAAAAGGUGAAAAAUAUUUAGAAACAUCUUUAAUUACUCUCUCCGUCGUUUGCGCGGAGAAUUAGACGGCACGCGAUACGCUCGCGUUUCGUUUUCAAUAACUGUUGGAGUACGUCGGUCGAGGUACGAUAAUCGUCGCCGCGUCAUACGGUUCUAAUUAACGUCUUCGCGUUAAACACGUGCCGAUCAGCAGAGUAAUUAAAGCAGAGAAAAGGAAACCGAGAUUGGAUCAUCGUCGUUUCUUUUCCGUUUGGAUCCAAACGAUGCUCCUGUUGUUCUCCGGUUGAACGACGCUUCUAUUCUCGGUUUCGCUGUCCCUUGGAGUGCAUGAAACGGUCGAGUGAGUUACCGCGAACGUCACUUCCUGCCUCCUCUUACUAUGCACACCGAGAGAAUCGCGACUACUAUGAGAGAAUGAGCUGCUCGGUGAAGAUCUCGUGUGGCAAGAGUUGGAGCGGAUCGCAACGAAGGAUCAAUUCCCUCGCGGAGGAAACGACGUGUCCAACGACUGGAAGUGCUAGUUGCGCGGGCCUGGUCGCACCGUCGGUCGCCGUAGCGUCGACGUCUGCGUCGACCACGGCCACCACGUCCACGCCGACGACGACCAACAUCGUCGCCCAAAGUACGGUCAGCAGCGUCAGCCAGAGAACCGCGCCAUCGCGCCCUAUCAGGUCGAUCGCCGCUAGAAAAGGGGAGGAUACCACGAAACUGUUUAAGUACAUCGAGGAUAACGUCAUCGGCAAGAAUGGCACGUUCUUCGGACCAUUCGGCCGCAGGAAAGUUGUCUACUGCGACUAUACCGCCUCUGGAAGGUCGCUGCAGUUUCUCGAGGAUUACAUCGCAAAGGAGGUGCUACCAUGUCUGGGCGAUACGCGAGCGUCCACGUCCAUCUGUAGCUUGCAGUCCUCUCUGUUUAGACACGAAGCCAGAGACAUCGUCAGACACGCGGUGGGGGCCGGCGAGCAGGAUGCAGUGCUGUUCACGGGUCAAGGCACGGCUGCUGCCCUUCGCGCGCUCUUGCGACACCUCGAUCUCACGGGAUCCACCGUCGUCUUUGUGGGACCGUUUGAGCAUCACGCGAAUCUACGGCCUUGGCGGGAGCACGGUGUCAGGAUAGUACGAGUAUCCGAAACCCGGGAAGGUUUCUUAGAUCUGAACGAUCUCGAGCGAAGUUUAAUGAAAGUGCGAGCGGACGGUGUCACGCAAAUGAUCGGGUGCUUCAGCGCUGCGAGUUGCAUAACCGGGGUUUUGGCAGACGAAGUCGCUACGACCCUUCUUCUGCAUCAGUAUGGGGCGCUUAGCGUCUGGGACUACACCACCGCAGCCCCGUACGUUCAGAUCGAUAUGAAUCCUCACUUGCCCGGUGUCGGAGAGACAGCCGUUCACAAAGACGCGAUUAUUUUCGCCGGACACAAGUUCAUCGGCGGGGUUCAAUCACCCGGUGUGCUCGUGACCAAACGGUCUCUAUUGAAGGAUAAAAUUGGCACGGAAGACAUGAGGGAUUCCCAUCACUAUCAUCGAGACCCGGAGCUUCGCGAAGAAAGCGGUACCGCCGGGGCCGUCGAGACCAUCAGAUGCGGACUCGCGGUUCAAUUGAAGGAGAGCGUUACACCGCGAGCGAUCGUCGCUCGUCAAGAUAAGAUAUCCAGGCAAGUGUUGGCUCACGUACGCACGAUUCCGGAACUGAUUCUGCUAGGCAGCGGUUCGCAGAAUGUUAAGAGGCUUCCCAUCUUUUCGUUCAUGGUGCGUCAUCCGCGAGGCACGUUUCUUCACCACAACUUCGUGUGCGCCGUUUUAAACGACGUCUUCGGCAUACAGGCGCGCAGUGGGUGCGCGUGCGCGGGUCAUUACGCUCACGACCUGAUGGGAAUCGACCAAGAGCUCGCCAAGGAAUACCAAAAAGUUCUCAUAGAGGGCGAGCGGAGCAACGCGAACGAGGAGACAAACGCGGAAGGUCUGAGGCCGGGUUUCGCGAAGCUCUCGUUUCCGUAUUUCAUGUCCGAAGCGGAAGUUGCCUUCGCGUUGGAAGCACUGAAAAUGGUAGCCACGGAGGGUUGGAAGCUGCUACCUCAGUACGCGCUGAAUCCGGAUACCGGCGAGUGGCGGCAUCACACAAACAGCGUGUUCAAAGAACGAAAGUGGCUCGGUUCGAUCAGAUAUACGGAUGGGAAAAUGAACGCGUCCGAGAGACGGGUGUCCGGGUCGGGCGUCGUUCCGCAGAACUACGGCGAUUGUUUGCAGACCGCGCGAAAUAUUUUCAACCGCGCGAGGAAAAUGGCACAGAGAUACCCUCUGCAGAUCGAUCGUAGCCACAAUUUUGUGUCCGAACGGAUGGAAAGUCUGCGAUGGUUCAUGUUGCCGAGCGAGGCGCAAGAUCUUCUCCUCGGUAACUCGCAAAACGUGAAGCAAGACGUGCCUUUCAAUCCGAUGUUGUCGUGGAACCGAUUCGGCCAUCAUACGCCGACGACCACGCACGACAGUCUAGUGAAUUGCUUAGCUCUUGCGAACAGCAUCCGUCGGCUAAACAGCGACAUUCCUCAAACGGGAAAUGCUCCGAUCUCGGCCAUGUCGCCCAGACACCGUAGCCUUCCAGCCCUGAGCACCGUCAAGCGGACUCUGACGAACGUUGUCGAGACCAAGCCAAAGUUCCCGAGUCCCUGUUGUAGCCGGAACGAACAGGAACGAUCGCAGAACACCGAGCGAAACAGCGACUCGACCGCCGGUCAAAGGUCGCCGGCUACUUGCCCGAGUUCACCGAGGCCCGUCAGAUUCGCCGUUGGCGAAGCUGUGACGCCUACGGCUCUCGGUGGGAUCCCUUACCCGAGCAACAGGCCGACCAAAGAGCAAAGGGAUCUGCUGGACAGCGCGAACGCUGGACGUGCCAGGUGCAAUUCCCUAGGUAGCACCGGCGCCGGGGAGAACCUUUCUUCGGGCAAUCGCAAGGUAGCGUCCUCGUCGUCUUCGCCUAUACCGCCGCUUCCAUUGAGCCCGCAAACCUUGACCAGCUUGGGCCUGGCUGGAAGCAACGUUAGCUCGUCGAAACACAGGAAACACCAUUGUAGCUGCGGCAUUCAAGUCGAACUAAGUUACGUGGACCUGGACAACGAAAGUCCGAGUCACUCGAUCUUGUCGUUGAAUUAUCACAACACGGCCUCGCCUCCGUCUUCGUACUCGUCCGUCGGCGAUUACGCGGAAAAGUUGGUCGGCGGAGGUAGGUCGUCGCCGAUUUGCACCAACAGCGGACAGAGAUCGGAGGACGAUCUGAGCGCGUACGUGAAAGAGGUAACAAAGGAGCUGGCAACGGAAAUCAAGUCGGAGAUCCGUGAGGUGAUUUCAAAGGUCGACGACGCGCUAUCCGAGACCAACACGUCCGAGAGUACUCCGCAACAUCAUUCGCGCAACCUCGCCGCGAUCGGGCAACUGUCGGCCGAGGACAAACAGCUCAGACACGAUUCGUUCACCGCCAGCGACAUCGCGGAAUACUUGAUGGAGUUCUCCAAGGAGAUGGCCAGCGAGGUCAAGUCCGAGAUCAGAUGCAUGGUGAACGCGGUGGACGGACUUCACAGGCACUCGCCGGACGCUUCCGCUUCCGACGUGUCCUCGAACGGAUGCGGUUCCCCCGAUAGGGGCAGAAUCCUUCCAUCGUCCGCGUCGCCGAGACUCUCGAGCGCCAGACGAAGCGGACCGAUCGAGAUCUCGGGAAAGGUCGGCGAACUGACGCAGCAAGAGAGCAAGAUGUCCAGCGAGUGUUCCUCCGACGAGACCGUGAUAUACGUGAUGAAGCCGGCCGAGAACGAGCAGCUGGUUCGCAAUCAGUCGAAAACCGACGACGAGGAAGUGGUGCACGACCUGGACGACGACCUGAACGAGGACGACGCUCACGAACGCGGCGGCUUGGAUAUCGGCGACGCGCGAAAGAUUCUUCCAAAGAUCUAUUCCGCGGUGAAUUCGGUCAGCUCGCAGGACAGCGGCAUCAACUUGUCCUUCCACGAGAGCGACAAAUCUCUAGACUCGGUGGACUUGAAGCGCAGCAGCAGCGCCGAGUCCAAUUCCACGAACAGCUACGGUCGCAAGCCAAGAGCCGCGUCCAUGACCGGUAUGUCUAGCAAAUCCAAUUGCAAGCAACAGGUUCGCCAGAACGACGACUUUUCGGAGGACGAGGAGUGCUCGAGCGAUCUCAAGGAGGAGGAGGAUCAAGCGGUGCCGUUCGAGUCGAAAGAUGGCAAGACCGAAGCGUCGUCUCAGGUACAGUGGCACUGUCCGCCGAAGAACGUAUGGAAACCGACGGUCGAGGCUAUGCAAGAGUUCGACAUGAUUCGGGACAACGAUAGAGUUUUGGUCUGCUUGUCCGCCAACGGUAAGGAUUCUUUAUCCCUGUUGCACACGUUGCAUCAAUACAGAUUCUACGUGAGGUCGAAGGGCGUGGAUUUCGAGAUCGGCGCCGUCACGGUGGAUGCGAACGAAUCAGAUUCGAUCGCGAUAAUUAAUUAUUUGAAGACCCUGGACGUUCCUUAUUUCUACGAAGAGAAACAAACGACCGUCGACUCUAAAUGCACCGGCAGCGGCGAGAAUCGACCGGAAGAUCCCCUGGACACCAGCGGGGCGUGCAGCUUUUGCAAUCGAACCAUCAGAGCGAAACUGUACUCGGUCGCCAAGCGACACAAUUACAACGUGCUGGCCAUCGGCCAGCAUCUCGACGACCUCACCGAGGGCUUCCUCGUUUCGGUGUUUCACGGUGGCAAGUUGAAAACCAUGAAGGCCCACUAUUACGUACGCCGACACGAUAUCAGGGUCGUCAGACCGUUCGUUUACGUUCGAGAGAAAUCGCUGAGGCAGUUUGCCGAAAACAAGAAGCUGUUGACUUUGCGAGAAACGGGGUCAUGCGACCUUCCCGAGAAGCGGAAUCAGAGCAAAGAGCUGAUCGUCCAGCAGGACCGCAGCCAUCCUCGUCUGUCCUGGUCCUUGAGAUCGGCUUUGCGACCGUUGAUAGACGCCCAUGGACAACAAACCGAUUCGGACGGUGCUUGUGGCGUGGGAGGUAGCGGCGCGAACAGUUCUAACCUCGGUAGCGGCAACAAUAACGCGAACAACCAACAGAAGAGACAUCGAAGAGUAAAGGUUAAUUCCCUGACGACCGUUUCCGCGGUUCAGGUGCAAUCGCAGGGACACGAUGGCGACGAAGAGACCGACGAAGAGCCGGUCCUUUGAGGGAGACCCGUCGCGAGAUGGGAUUCCAGUCGUUCUUCGAUCUCAUCCGUGCACCAUCGUCGAAAAUUACCUUUGCCGGCCUUCUCUGUCGUCAGGAGAAGGCGAUUACGUUUCGCGGCUGUCGCCGCCACUGGAAACGUUCAGGAUCCCGAGGGAGAAUGCUAAGGGAUCGGAUGGUAGCCGAACCGCGACCUACGGAUCGUCGACGCUUGGAAAAUACGGAGACGAGUUUCGGUUUUCGCGGUUGAAUCGCGCGUGGCUCGCAACCCUCGUCCCUCUUUACCGAACAGUACUCGUGUCAGUGGCGCGUGUUUUGACAGUUUUAAUCGCUCGACGCCUGGCAGGGUGUCGUUCAAGAAUUUAUCGAACGUUUCAGGAUCGUGAGCUGGAAAGGUUUUGUUGUUCGCUGAUACGAAAAUACUCGCGGAAGUUUAGGAAUAUUUUCGAAUUUCGUAUUGGAUAGGGGAGGAUUCGUAAUGAAACUUUGAUGCACGAAAAUAGGAAAUUUUUCUCGAGCUGCAGACGCGACGACGGGUAUCGACUGGUUUUUGUCUUUCAACCAGGUGUGAUCUGGAUCCAUCUGUAUCUAACAGAAAUGCUUCAAACUACUUAAAACGUUGUGCGCGGUUAAAUGUUUUCUUACCUAUGGACACUUAGCGUUUAACGGUUUCGGCACUUUGAGACUUCGGUUGAACUUUUCGAGGUCAGCAGAAGCGUUUUAAUAUUGGCGAUUGUGCGAAACUGACGGCAAAAACUUAAGCAGCUGGUCGUUCUUUAUGCGCAGUUGGUCUAAGAAAUACGCGAGUCGUUGUUCUUUCGUCGUUGCGAUCAGCAAUCCAGCAGGUAUACCGGUAAAACGUGAAAGGAUAAUGCUUAGCGAGUACACCUUUCGACGCUCCGGUUGGACUUGAAAAUUAGCGGGAAUCGAUCUGAUCGAUCCACGUACUGUUGGGUGUUGGUACACGAGCAAACACGAGGAACGCAGCGACUCGAGAUACGCCGAAACCUCGACUGCUCAAAGAACUGCCACGCGGUACAAAGAACACUUAAUUUUUUAUAUAAUUGUGAUUUGAUAAUCCAAGAAUACGCGUCCCGCUUCGACGAUACUUAGAGUUACUACGAUUUUAAGAUACAAAAUUUUUUGUAAACCGUAACUGUCGCCAGACGAUGGUCGAGACAAGUCCCCUUUUCGAUCAAUUUUUUGACUAUCGAAAGCGACUGAAAUUUCCUAACGGGGGUGAAAAGUAAACGCGUUCGAGUUCUGUUAUCGUCGGCGAAUCGAUAGGGCGUUCAUUUUUUUUUGCGGUCAACGAAAAUGUCGCCCUUGGCAAUUCGGUAACGUUAAGGGAAACUUGACGAAAAGUAGGGGAACCGUGCGAUUUCCGACUUCGAAGCGCAGAAACUAAUCGACGAAGGAUUUGUUAAAAUUACCUGGGUUAGGUCUGGUCCAGACGCACGAAGGAUAAAACGAGAUCGUGGGCUUAAGGUUCUGACAAAUUCUUAGCCGUACGUACUUUGAUUGCACGCACAGAAAAGUGCGCGUUCGCGCACGCAUAUACUCGUAAAUACGUGUACAUAGUAUAUGCUUGUCACGAGUAAGCCGAAGGAACAUGGUAUAUCAUUAAACGAAAGCUUUUUCCUCUUAACUGGUACAUACGUAUACAUAUACAUUAUAAAUAUAUACAUAUAUCGCCUUGUUCGAGAUCAUUGGCGAAUCAUAUUUUUUGACUAUUGUAUAGCCUUUUUUUUUUUUGUCGAUGGGAAAGAAUGAGAAUACGCGCGAUACCUUUGAUUCCAACGUAAGCGUAGAAGCACUUUGAAAUCUAUUUGUCAUUCGACCGAUGGACUGGUGUAUAGAACAAAAUAUUCCAGUCGCGAUGAUAUUUUUACCAAGCGGAAAGAAUGCCAGUUAAUGGUGUAAAAGCUGGAUAGCAUAGAGAAACUUAAAAUGUAAGACAGUUGGACGCGCCAGUAACCAAAUACGAGAGAGUCGCAAACGUUCGCGUCGAAGUGCCGGUCGAUAGAUCGACACGAUACUUAACGAGAAAGUCUUACGUUUUCGUUUUUUUUUUUCUUUUUUUUUUUUUUUUAUAUAUAUGUUUUCGUUAGUCGUACGCUCGCUACUAUUAGAAUUACGAAGUAAGGCUCGUAUCGUAGGCAGCCAUUGCGGAACAUACGCAGCCGUAGAUUCUCUACACGCAUUUUGCGUCGUCCGACUCGUUCGAAGGCUCGUUUCGUUAUCGGUCGCGAGACGGAACGCGUGUCGUUAUGACAGAGCAUGGGUUUACAACAACGUAAACGGCAACAAUAA